AUGGGAGAAGUAAGUUUAAUCGGAAUUACAGCUAUCUUAUGCCAAAAAACAGAUGGUUUUUGGAAAAAUAUAGAUGAUUCUUUAUGUAGAUUAGAAGUUUUAAAAAGUAAUAUAGAUUCAAAAUUUAGAUUAGUUGCGAUUUCAACUGAUAAUAGGUGUAUUUUUAAUAAAUGGGUUAGAACCAAUAGUGAGAUCACAAAAUGUAGUGAUCUAUUUUUAGAGAUAAAACAAGUAUCAUCUCAAAGUUCCAAUGUAGAAUAUUUCGGUGUCAAUUUCGCAUAUAAACCUGAAGUUGACAAGUUUUAUGCAUGUUUUUCAAAAUGUAUUGAAACUUUACAAACACAAAGAAGACAAAGUACUCUAAAUAUACAAGCUCUUCAAAUAAAUAAUGAAUUACAACAACAACUUCAACAGCAACAACAAUUACCACCAAUAGAUCAAUUACCACCACCACCAACAUCAACAUCAACAUCAACAAUAUCAAAUGCAAAUAUAAGUAUAUCAAAUUCAAUAUCAUAUGAUUCAUUACAUCAAAUGGCGAGUGGUAUUACAUUAGAAGAUUUACCACCACCACCACCAUCAGCAUCAUCAUUAAUAUUAAAUAAUAAUACACCAUUAGAUUUAACAUCAUUACCACCAAUUGAUUUUUCAAAUUUACCACCACCACCAACAGGAUUAAUGACAUCAAGAUCAUCAUUAACAGAAGCUAAUGGAUUAGAGAUUAAAAAUAAAUUAUCACCAUUAUUAAAUGGUGGUGCAAGUGGUUUAUCAUCUUCACCACCACCAACAACUGAAUCAAAGAAUCAAUUAAAUUCAAGUAGUGGUAGUAAUAAUUCAUCAUCAGCACCACAUUUAACUGAUUUAUUCUUACCAACAAAUAAUAAUAAUAGUAGUGGUAAUCAAUCUGCAUCAAAUAGUAGUCCAACAUCACAAUACCAUCAAUCACAACCAAAUUUACAACAAUAUGGUACUGCACCAUUGACAGCAAGUAGUAAACUAUUACAACAGCAGCAACAACAACAACAACAACAACAACAAAAUAUAAUUAUGACAACAACUACAACUACAACAACUACAAUUAAUAUAAAAACAGGAUCAAGUUCUGAUAGUUUUUUAAAGACAGCAUCUGGUAGAAGAUCAAUCAGAGUUAGACAUUCAACUAAUCAAGCAGCAGAUCAACAAAAGAAAACUAUGGGUAGAAAAGAUGGUUUAGCAGUUUCAUUACAAAAUGUUGAAGGUUUACAAAAUAUAGCAGAGAAUUUAGAGGAUGAAACUUUGAAUCUAUUGGAUUUAGUCAAUGAACAAGUGGUAACACCAGAGAUAUCAAACAAUGCCCAUUUGAAUCAAUCAUUAAUGAAAAUCUUUGAACAUUUACAGGUAUUAUUUAUUUUAACUGGUCAAGCAUCAACUCAUCCAGGUGGUAAAUUAAUUACUCAAGUUGUAAAUAAACUUGGUAGAGGACCACAAGCAUCAGAAUUCUUCUCUGGUAAAUCAGUGGAUGGAGGUUAUCAAUGGUAUAAUCUUGAUGAGGUUAAAGAUUCUGUCAUUGGUAUUCACAAUUUAUUAGCAUUGAAAAAGAAUCUUAUCACAGCUAUAGCUCAUCUUUCAACUUGUGUAAGAGUGUUGGGUUUACAAGCUAGUCUUGAAAUCGAUUGGAUGUCAAGAAAUAAAUCAUCAGAAACAGAGAAAAUAGUGGUACAAUUGGCUUGUUUAACUAGAGAAUUAAUCAGUUCAAUGUCAAGAUUAUUAGCUGCAACCGUAACCUAUUGUUAUGUUUGUUCUUCAAUUGCUUUCAUUAGAAAUCAACAACAUUCUGCAUCGGCCGAUCAUAAUCAAGCAUCCAUUCAAAAUAGAAUUAGAUCACCAUCAACCAUUGAUACAAUUAAUAUUUGGGAUGAAUUGAAAACCAUUAAAACCAUACCAACCGUACCAAAAGAUGGUUCAAUAUUAAAGGUUACAUUGAACCAAUUGGUGUUAAUGUUAACUUCGGAAACUUCAUACGAUAGUAAAUUCCUUAAAACUUUUAUCACCACCUAUCAAUCAUUCGCUUCACCUGGUGUUCUAUUCACAAAGUUGAUAGAACGUUUCUACGUACCAGAAUGGUAUAGUACUGUACCCACUAAAAUUAGCACAAUUCAACAAAAGGUAAUCGUGGUUUUAAAAUAUUGGAUUGAAAAUCAAUCAUCGGAUUUCGAUCAAGAUGUUAUCGAUCAAAUUUACUUUUUCAUUAAUAAUUUGGCAAAUUCAAAUGAAGGCUAUUCAGAAUUGUCUAGAUUAUUACGUGGUUUAUUGGAUAAAAUGAUUCAAGAUCGUGAAGUUAAAUUUGAACUCCUAUUUCAAAUGCCACCAAGAAUCUCUUUUGAAGAGGAUUCAAUCUUAUCUCCAAUUGAAUUAUUCUCUGAAUGGAGUGCUCAAUCAAUUGCUCAACAAUUAACUCUAAUAGAUUUCUCUAUCUUUAAAGAUUUGGAAGCAAGAGAAUUAUUAAAUCAAAAUUUUAAUAAACCAAAAUUAAAGUAUAAAUCACCAACAAUUAUGAGAAUGAUUUCAAAAUCAACUCAAUUUUCAUUUUGGGUUGCAUAUGUUAUUUUAAUGGAACCAAAAAAAGAAAAAAGAAUUAAAAUUUUUGAAAAGUUUUGUGAAGUUGGUAAAUAUUUAUUAAAGAUGAAUAAUUUCAAUUCUUUAAUGGGUUUAAAUGCUGGUUUAAAUUUAACUUGUGUUCAUAGAUUAAAGAAAACAAAGAAAAAGUUAUCAUCAUCUGCUAUUUCAAUUUUAACUGAAUUGGAAAGAAUUUUCUCUUCAAAGAAAUCUUUUAAAAAUUAUAGAGAUCAUUUAUCAACUGUACAAUUACCAUGUAUUCCAUAUUUAGGAUUUAAUUUAACAGAUAUUACAUUUAUUGAAGAAGGUAAUACUGAUAAUAUUUCAUCAACGGAUCCAGCAGCAGCAAAUAUUGGACCAUUAAUUAAUUUUAAAAAGAGAGAAUUACUUUACCAAGCAUGGGCUGAUCUUAGUAGAUUCCAAGAAACUCCAUACACUUUCCAACCUGAAGAACCAUUAAAUACUUUCUUAUUAAAUUUCCCAAUUUUAGAUGAUAAAGAACUUUAUGAUUUAUCAAUUGCUCUCGAACCAAAAUAA